AUGACUCUUGCGCAUCCUAUUCGACGGGUUGCCAUCAUUGGGGCGGGACCGUCGGGGCUGGCGGCGUUGAAAUUCCUGUUGGCAGAGGACUGCUUUGAAUGCAUUGACCUGUUUGAACAAAGAAGCUCGGUCGGAGGGGCAUGGGUCUACACGGGUGGCCCUGCGAAGGCUGGGAUGAGCACGACUGUUCCGCAUCUCAACCCACAUGAGCCAGUGCAGAGGCCGAUCUGGGACAAGCGAGAAGAUGGCUCGUCUCAGGCCAUCUUCGUAUCGCCGCUGUAUGAGCGACUGGAGACCAAUAUUCCCAAGGAUUUGAUGCGCUUCUCGGAUUUGGCGUUCCCUUCCGAUGCCCAAUUGUUUCCUAAGCACCAAACGGUUCAGGAGUACCUGGACGCGUACGCGGCACCGGUGAAGGGUUACAUCAAGUUCGAGACUCAAGUGGUCAGCCUAAGGUUAAAGAAUCCAAGUCUGAGCACUUGGGAGUUGACCACCACCAAUUUGUUCGAUGGUCUCAACACGACGCAGAUCUACGAUGCGGUUGUCGUGGCCAGUGGUCACUUUAACGUUCCACAUUUACCCGAUAUCACGGGAAUUAAAGAGUGGGAUCGCGUGUAUCCUGGAGCAAUCUCACACUCCAAAUACUACGACCGGCCCGAGCAGUUCGCGGGCAAGAAGGUCGUUGUAGUUGGCAGCUCAGCUUCGGGGCUUGACAUCGGAGGUCAGAUCAGUGAAAUGAGCGCUGGUCCAGUCAUCGUGUCCCAACGGUCCGAAUCUUACUUCGCUGCCGCAUCUGGAACGGCAAUCAAUAAGGUCUUUCGGCCCGAAAUCGUCGAGUUCCUCCCACCAGCGAAAUAUGACCGAGGAGUUCGAUUUGCAGACGGCCACAUCGAGGAGAACAUAAAUGCCGUGGUCUUCUGCACGGGCUAUUUCUAUUCAUAUCCCUUCCUCUCAUCGUUGAAGCCUCCUGUGAUCACGGACGGCUGGAGGACCAGGCAUGUCUAUCAACAACUCUUCUAUACAGAGCAUCCAACUUUGGUGUUUCCAGUGCUUCCUCAACGCGUGAUUCCCUUCCCUUUGGCUGAAAAUCAAGCAGCUGUUUUCUCGCGCGUGUGGUCUCAGCGGCUCCAGCUCCCUCCAAAAAGCGAGAUGGAGGCCUGGGAGGCCGCACAGGUAGAUCAAAAAGGCGAUGGCAAGACGUUUCAUCUGCUUCCAUUUCCUUUGGAUGCUGACUAUUUGGAGUUUUUGUAUACUUGGGCUGCCUCGGCCGCGCCACGCCCGGCACUUUCCAAUGGAGGCCAUGGCCGGCUCGGAACGUGCUGGACUGAGCGAGAGCGUCAAAUUCGGAAAAUUUUCACAGAGAUCAGACAAAGUUUUGUGAACAAAGGAAUUGAGCGCAGCUCGGUUCGGACGCUUGAGGAACUAGGUUACACCUUUGAUGCUCCCAUGGUGAAGGUUUAG